AGACAAGGGAAGGAAGCAUGGACACAAGUUUAGAUACUUUUGUUUACUUAGUUUAAAAUAGGCUUGUUUCAGUUUUAGAGAUGAUAAUACGAGAGAAAAAUAGGAGAAAUGUGUAAGACAUUACUGAAGCUUACGUGUGUGUUUAUAUUAAGCCUGGUUGGCUUGAUUACAGUUGCCAAAACCCUGCAGCCUGGUUCCCUGACUGUUCAUGAAUCUCUGAUCUACGUAUCAACCCUGAGUGGAACCUUUCAUGCAGUAAGCAAGUCAACAGGGAAGAUUGUGUGGACUCUAGAUGAAGAACCAGUCCUCAAAGUUCCCACUGCUGUUGGUCGACUGAGUUUUCUCCCAGACCCCAAGGAUGGAAGUUUGUAUGCUCUGAGUGAUGGGAGAGAGGGAAUUAAGAAGCUGCCCUUUACCAUCCCCCAGCUGGUAACUGCGUCUCCCUGUAAGAGCAAUGAGGGGAUGCUGUACACAGGGCAUAAAAAGGACACCUGGAUAGCCAUAGAUGUCACCACUGGAGUUAAAAUGCAGACUUUGUCCAGCGACGGAACUCAGAAAAUGUGUCCGUCCAGUGCCGAGAAGGUCAUCUACAUUGGACGCACUGAAUACACCAUCAACAUGUUUGACAGUAAAACUGGCAACAAAAGGUGGAAUGCUACAUUUAUGGAUUAUUCAUCCCAUGUGGGGGAGGUGAAAGAGUAUGACUUGAGGCAUUUUACUGCCAGCUCUACAGGAAUGGCUGUCACCUUGGACAAUAAAUCAGGGGAAGUGUUGUGGUACACUGACUUCCAGUCCCCAGUGGUAGCAAUGUACACUAUGGACCACGAGGGUCUACAGAAGGUCCCCUUCACGAGCUUCGCCCCCGAGACUUUGGAUCACCUGACCGGUCAGCUGUCCUCAGAACACUGGAGAAACAAGUUCCUCUUACAUGGGAAGCAGGAGGUCUUCUAUCCUACCCUGUAUGUCGGAGAGUAUGAACAUGGCUUUUUUGCCACGAAUUCUCUGGUGGAUGAAAAAACAGUUACCGUGGCUCCAAAGAAUCAGGGUCCCUUAUUGCUGGAGGGACCAGGUGUGAAAGACCAACCAAGGGGAGAAAAUAAAAAAUCUGACAUUCCAGAGCCUGGCACACACAGAGACGCCAUCACAGCUCACACAGUCAGAAGACCAGAAAUAAUGAUACUAGGUUAUCAUGAAGUACCAGAUAAGGCCAAGUCCCGGUUUUCCCCAGCUUUCCAGAUUGAGGACCGGUCGAUAGUUAUCCCCCCUGUCUCUAGUGAGGAGGAGAUCCUGGCUAAUGCCACCACCUCCAGGACAGAGGAAAGUGUGAUCCUCAAAUACCUGAGUGCCGACGUCAGGUUCUCCAUCACUGUAGCUCUGUCCCUCAUAACAAUACUGGCUGUCGUGUAUUACUUCCCAAAGAGAACUGAGCAGUCCAUAAAGAUAAUGCUACAGAAACAGAUAGAAGAACAAAGAGAGAGGGAUAAAAAACAGAUAUCAGCUCAGACUUCCCUCCAGGGGUCGUCGUCUUCAUCUGACCUGUAUGAAGCUGUCCCUGAAGGCCAUUAUCAAGUUGGCAAGAUCUUCUAUAAUCCCAAAUGUGUGUUAGGACAUGGCUGUGAGGGAACCAUUGUUUACAGGGGGAAGUUUGACAAUCGUGAUGUGGCUGUGAAGCGUUUACUUCCAGAGUGUUUUACGUUUGCUGACAGAGAAGUAGAACUGCUCAGAGAGUCUGACCAACAUCAUAACGUUAUCAGAUACUUCUGCAUGGAAGCAGAUAGCCAGUUCCGAUACAUAGCUUUAGAACUGUGUAUAGCCACAGUACAGGAUCUUAUAACGGGAAAGACACAGUAUACCUACAAAAUGGACGCCAUCGAUAUCUUAUUUCAGGCACUGUGUGGAAUCUCUCAUCUACAUUCUCUAGAUAUUGUUCACAGAGAUGUGAAACCACACAAUGUGUUGCUGUCUCAGCCAGACUCCAGAGGUCAGAUUAGGGUCAUGAUAUCAGACUUUGGUCUGUGUAAGAAGCUGGCGGCCGGUAGGAUAUCCUUCUCACGACGCUCCGGGGCGGCCGGCACCGAGGGCUGGAUCGCUCCGGAGAUGUUAGACGAAGAACAGAGGACUACUUGUGCAGUAGAUAUAUUUUCAGUUGGGUGUGUAUUUUAUUAUGUCCUAACAAAAGGAAAACAUCCAUUUGGAGAUUCCUUGAGGAGGCAGGCAAACAUUUUAUCUGGAGAAUUCAAUCUGGAUAGUUUACCUAUGACAGAGGGCUAUGUCAGGAGGAAUCUCAUUGAGAAAAUGAUCAGCUAUGAUCCUACGCAGAGACCUACAGCCAAGACAGUGCUACAGCACCCCUUCUUCUGGAGCAGGGAAAGACAACUCAUGUUCUUCCAGGAUGUUAGUGACAGAAUUGAAAAAGAGGCAGCAGACAGUGAAGUGGUCCAGCACUUAGAACGCGGCGGCCUGGAGGUGGUCAAGUUUGACUGGAGACGACACAUCACCGAGGAACUACAAAAUGAUCUGAGAAAGUUCAGAACAUACAAAGGACAAAAUGUGAGAGAUCUUUUAAGAGCCAUGAGGAAUAAAAAACACCAUUACCGUGAACUCCCUGAGGAAGUGAAGAAUUCAUUAGGAGCCAUUCCAGACCAGUUUGUGUAUUAUUUCACGACGCGAUUCCCCAAACUUCUGACUCACACUUACUAUGCCAUGAUGUGCUGUAAACAUGAGCGUGUCUUUAAUCAGUACUACAAUAUGGAGGAAUAGUGUAAUGUUUUUAUACAA